CAUCUGUCGCAAGUAAUCACACCCAAUUAGCGCCCAUAAAUGAUGCCCGAAAUUGAUCGCGACACUGUUGCGGAAAUGGUUAGUGGAGCACAUGCGCCUAUUUUCAGCACCGCCGCACUACUCGCCAAGGAGCAGCAGAAAUUCAAAACACACUCCCGCCUACAGGCGUCCCUAGCCGAGCAGGAGCAACUUAACAUGGCCGCCGCCAGCUCAUAUGUCUAUCAGAGUCCUUUGACCAUCCCACCACACGGCCACCCGCAGUACAAUAAUUUCGGCUUAAAUAAUAACAAUAUUGGCGCUUUAAAUCACAAUAUGGCAGCACAGCAUUUGGUCUCUAGCCAUGCUUGCAUUAGCCCAAGUAGCAAAGAAAAGCUGGCUAAUCUGCUGAAAGUGCGCGACCCUGAACAGCGCAUUGCGGGUAAUUUCCUACAGAAGACACUCGAGUCCACGCCGCGCCCCUCGCCCACCAGCCUAUACACCAAUGGCAAUGGCAGUGCGGUACACUUGGGGGCAGCUUGUUUAUCUGCACCACCAAUACACACACCUCUUUCGCCACCCCCACCACCACCGCCACGCGCCAAAACCCCACAUCCACAUCGUUUGGAUGCUGCGCCGCCUUCAAUCAAACCAAACAAAAUACAAAGUGAUCUCGAACACAAAGCCAGCAAUGCCCCAGAUAGCUGGCAUCCGCAUGUGUAUGCGCGUCCACCUAUGCGACCCACUCCGCAUGCCAUUGCGGAUAUUCUUGGUUGGCGUGGCGUCUCUUCGCCGGGUCAGCAACACAUUUUGGCUGCCAACAACAGCAGCACCACCAUAAUGCAACGCGAAACAAUGGAUGAGUCGUCCAAUUCAUCAUCGAAUGCUGCUAUGCCGCUGCCUCCAGUGCCCGCCAAAUCGCCAAAAAGUAUACUACGUAAUUUUCAGCAACAGUUUGCGCAGCAGCCGAAAUCGCCGCAACGUGAGCCCAGCCACUUGCGUAGCGCAUCGGUGAGUGAGGCCAGCGAGGAUGAUGUUAAUGGUGGCAUAUUGGAUCAACCAUUGGAUCUGUGCGUGCCGAAGAAACCACGCGAAUCGCAUUCACCCCCACCACAUGUGAAGCAAACACAGAUAUUGGCAAAGGCGGGCAGCAGUAAGAAAGAUGCCAAUCACAUAGGCAAAUCGAGUGUUAAGAAGAAAAAACUUGCUGCCGCUGCUGCUGUUUCCGCGUCAAGCGCAGCGCUGCUGAUGUCAGCGUCGUCGACUGUUACGGCACCAGCGUCAAUGCCAGUACCGGAUGUGAGUCCCACCGGCAGCAGCGAUAGCUUGAUGCGAGACAAGCAAUUUCCCACAGUUAGCACACCACCAGCCUCCUCAACGGGUGCCAUAGAGACUACGGAGGACGACUCGGAUUCGGGUUCGACAGAUGCGCGGCGCAAGAAGAAAGCGCGUACCACCUUCACGGGUCGUCAAAUAUUCGAAUUGGAGAAGCAAUUUGAGAUAAAAAAAUAUCUUAGUUCGAGUGAGCGCACAGAAAUGGCCAAGUUGCUGAAUGUAACCGAGACACAGGUGAAAAUCUGGUUCCAGAACCGUCGCACCAAAUGGAAGAAGCAAGAUAAUGUCUCCAAUACAGAGGUCGCCGAACACAAGACGACAAAUAAUUCGAAAACUUCAACUGAAAACGGCAAAACGCAGACCGGCACCGCGUCAACGAGUUCAAGUGCCACCGCUGCAACAACACCAACGGAAAUUUUGGGUAAAAAAUCGCAAAACCAUAACAACAAUAACAAUAAUCAACACAAUAUUAGCAACAGUGGUAGCGCUGAAAAGAGUCGCACAGCCGCCGCAGGCGAAUUAGGCGCCAAAGUAACUGCAAAACAAGCGACUAAAAUCAAGAAGCAACUCAAUGCGCUCUUGGAGAAAACCACGAAAAAUGCAACGACGCCGGGUACCAACAGCAAUAGUGCAGCGCUGGUCAAUGGUGGCGCAGCCAAUGGCGUUACAGCACCUACAACAACGGGGGCCGGCGGAAAAGUGAGCAACAACAACAUCAACAAAAACGCGACGGAAAGUGCACAUCAGCAUCCGCACAAUCAUCAACACCAUCACCACCGCGUUGUACACCACUCGCACUCGCAUGGCCAUCAUCGACAGCACGCCAUCCCGCUGACUGUCGAACCGGCUGCACCAUUGGAGCAAACAGAGAAACUCGAAAUCAAAUUAGAGGAAUCACCACAGCAUCGUGAACUGCAAUUAAGCCUGUUGCGCGCUGCCAACAGUCACAGCCCAUUGCAUUUUAGCGACAUGGAUUUCGAAAGCAAAUUGGCAGCUUCGAAAAUAUCGAAUGCGCUGCUUAGCGCCAAAUUGAAUGCCGAUAGAACUGAGACGACAAGACGACGCAGUGACAGUAGUAGUAAGGAAAAGGAGUUACAAAAGGUGACAGUGAAAGCACGAGCUGAAAAACAGUUGAAAGUGAAGGAUGAAAAUGCGUCGGAUAUGAGAGGCGAAGAGAUGCAGAUAGAAGAGGAAACAGAUGUAAAAGCACCAACUGGUGAUAGGGAUGAGUUCGAAGAGCAUGCGGAGGAGGAUGCAGAGAUGCGUGAUGCUGAGAAUUAAGUGAAAAGGGGAAAGUACGAAGAGAACACUUUAUGGAGGGAUCUUCCAGUCAAAAUGAACUGUGCCAAAAAUUAUAUAAAAACACGAAAAUGAACAAAAUAUUAUUUUUUAGAAAUUUAUGUAAUUGUAUUGCAAAUCUAACUGCAGUUAUAUAAAAAAAGCUCAAU